GGUGGCGGGGAGCGCGCGGCUAUGCUUGCCCCGGGGCUGGACUACUGAAUCCACUCCGUUCCACCGCUGGACUCGACCUGGGAGGGGGCGCCAGCGCACCCAGGACGCGGUGCCCCAAGGGACCCCACUCCACGCUGCAAACUGAAGCCCCCUGCCUCCCCAGGCCACACACAUCCCCGCGCCCGUUCUCAGCUGCCACCGCUGGCGUUCCAAAAGCUCCGGCAAGAUCUGCACCUCCCGGGUCUCCCAACCCGCCAACCCGACUGCUCUGCAUCGCCACCGCUGGCCCCCGUCAGACUCCUCCCGGCAGUCGGCUUCAUCGAACUUGAUUUCUCACCUCCUCGGCCCCAUCACCUCCAUCCCCUUUCCCCCCGUCUCGCCUCCACCCCCCCAAUUUCCUCCUCCUCGCCCCUCAUUUCCACCCUCCUCCCCCUCCCCCGGCCACUUCGCUAACUUGUGGCUGUUGUGAUGCGUAUUCCCGUAGAUCCGAGCACCAGCCGGCGCUUCAGCCCUCCCUCCAGCAGCCUGCAGCCCGGCAAGAUGAGCGACGUGAGCCCGGUGGUGGCUGCGCAACAACAGCAGCAGCAGCAGCAGCAGCAACAGCAACAGCAGCAGCAGCAGCAACAGCAGCAGGAGGCGGCGGCGGCGGCGGCGGCGGCGGCGGCAGCGGCGGCCGCCGUGCCCCGGUUGCGGCCGCCGCACGACAACCGCACCAUGGUGGAGAUCAUCGCUGACCACCCGGCCGAGCUCGUCCGCACCGACAGCCCCAACUUCCUGUGCUCUGUGCUGCCCUCGCACUGGCGAUGCAACAAGACCCUGCCCGUGGCCUUCAAGGUGGUGGCCCUGGGAGAGGUACCAGAUGGAACUGUGGUUACCGUCAUGGCGGGCAACGACGAAAAUUAUUCUGCCGAGCUCCGAAAUGCCUCUGCUGUUAUGAAAAACCAAGUAGCGAGGUUCAACGAUCUGAGAUUUGUGGGCCGGAGUGGAAGAGGCAAGAGUUUCACCUUGACCAUAACUGUCUUCACAAACCCUCCCCAAGUAGCCACCUAUCACAGAGCUAUUAAAGUUACAGUGGACGGACCCCGGGAACCCAGAAACCCCAGGCAGGCCCAGUCUUCCCCGCCGUGGUCCUAUGACCAGUCUUACCCCUCCUACCUGAGCCAGAUGACGUCCCCAUCCAUACACUCCACCACCCCGCUGUCUUCCACACGGGGCACGGGGCUUCCUGCCAUCACCGACGUGCCCAGGCGCAUUUCAGAUGAUGACACUGCCACUUCUGACUUCUGCCUCUGGCCUUCCACUCUCAGUAAGAAGAGCCAGGCAGGUGCUUCAGAACUGGGCCCUUUUUCAGACCCCAGGCAGUUCCCAAGCAUUUCAUCCCUCACUGAGAGCCGGUUCUCCAACCCACGAAUGCACUAUCCAGCCACCUUUACUUACACCCCGCCAGUCACCUCAGGCAUGUCCCUCGGUAUGUCCGCCACCACCCACUACCACACCUACCUGCCACCACCCUACCCCGGCUCUUCCCAAAGCCAGAGUGGACCCUUCCAGACCAGCAGCACUCCAUAUCUCUACUAUGGCACUUCGUCAGGAUCCUAUCAGUUCCCCAUGGUGCCGGGGGGAGAUCGGUCUCCUUCCAGAAUGCUUCCGCCAUGCACCACCACCUCGAAUGGCAGCACGCUAUUAAACCCAAAUUUGCCCACCCAGAAUGAUGGUGUUGACGCUGAUGGAAGCCACAGCAGUUCCCCAACUGUUUUGAAUUCUAGUGGCAGAAUGGAUGAAUCUGUUUGGCGACCAUAUUGAAAUUCCUCAGCAGUGGCCCAGCGGUGUCUGGGAGCCGCAUCCCAAAUGUAUCGAUAUAUACAUAUAUAGAGAGAGCGCAUAUAUAUGUAUAUCAAUUAGCUAUCUACAAAGUGCCUAUUUUUUAGAAGAUUUUUCAUUCACCCACUCAGUCAUGAUCUUGCAACCAUAAGAGGGUAGACACUGAGAAGCAGAAGGCCCAAGAGAGACAAUCGUAUUCAGGUUUCAGAUGGUUUUCUAUGUAAGACGUACUUUCACAAAGGAAAAAGGUAUUUUUGUUGUGUUGUCGUUUGGCCUGUUAUCAUAAAUAACCCGUUCCUAUGCCAAUUCAGAGAGGUGGACUCCAGGUUCAGGAGGAAGAAGAGCAAAGCCGCUUCCUCUCUGUGCUUUGAAACCGCACACCCUCACGGUUGCAGCUGUGUAUGGACCAGUGCCCUCUGCAGACCAGCUUACAAAGCCAGUCGAGGUGCACGCGGAGGGCAAAGAGGUAGAAUGGACGCUUCCCGCAUAGUGCGAUCCAUUCAGAGUAACUGUUCCAAACUGCUCUCAGACUUGCCGCAAGUUCUCGUACGAUCUGUUUGGUUCAGUUUUGUUGUUGUUGUUGUUGUUGUUGUUGUUGUUGUUGUGUUCCUACUUUUAAGAAAGCGACUCCAAAAAUACUGAUCAGGAUAGAUGAUUUUAUUUUACUUUUUUGUACUUUUUUUGUUUCCUUUUCCCAUUUAACCAAAAAGAAAUCCCAUCCUUCGAUCCUUACCCCCCUUCUCCUUUCUCCUUUUAUGCAAAACUGAAAAUGGCAAUACCUUAUUAUAGCCAUAAUGGUAUAGAUAGUGUUUGUGUUUGGCUGUGUGUUGUUUUCUUUUUUUUUUUUUAAAUUAUGAAUAUGUGUAAAAUCUGAGGUAACUUGCUAACGUGAAUGGUCAUAUAACUUUAAAGAUAUAUUUAUAAUUAUUUAAUGACAUUUGGACCCUUGAAACAUUUCUUAGUGUACUGAUGUGUUGACUUCGGUCUCUAAAAGUGCUCUUUAUUAAAUAACAAAUUUCUUCAGUGGGCUAGAGCCAUAUCUGAAAUAUUGCUAAGCAGUUUCAGUUCAGGCACAAUGUGAUUUUCAAAAAUACGUCCAUCUCCAAAUAUUUUAGAUGUAGCUUGUUUUUGUGACGUAUGAAGGAAAUGUUAUAGUCUCGUUCUUUCAGAUCUUUGAUCACCUCUAACACAGCUUUGCCUUUUAAAGCAAUAAUUGGGGAUUUAAAAACCAACUCUUAGCCCUUUAUCUCUUAUUGUUGCCCUUUGUUAGCAUGAAAUGCUGGAGUGAUGUGGUUUCCUAAUUUCUUUCAAAUAACAAUGACUCUUGUCAUACUAAAAAGACAAGCACAAGUGAAUCAUGGAACUGCAGAAAAACGUUCUGCCGUUUCAUAGUUAAAGCAAAACUCUAAAUCGCCAGGCUUCACAGGGAAGACGUAGCAGGCGGCCGCACUUGUGGCUGAAGGGUCCAUCAGGAUGCACUUAGUACAGGAAAAGCCAAAUUGUCCCGGGGAUUCUUAACCCACCGGCCUUGCCAAACAGAAAGUCAGGAGGACCCAGGCCUGCCCUCCCCGAGGCCCCCCCCGCCGGCAGCUCUCCACGGACUCUGCCCUUAAAAGAGCAGAUUCAGUCAUUGUCUUAUGGGGGAGCGGGUCAUCUGAAGUAGCAGGCAAGUUCCAGCAGGUAGCUGACCUGAGAGAGCACCUGGCCUGUGGGGAGCCAUAGCCAACCCUUUUGCGUCAAGGGAAGGCAAGGUCAUGUGGAGUUUGGGAUCUUAACUACUGUGUACGAAUCUGAGCGGAAGCCCUCCUGUAAGAUGCACUUUGACUGCCCCUGGCGACCACGUGGCAGAUUCUCAAGCGGGAAUCCUUAAUCCAAGCCAGGAUCAUUCGAUGACACCACCGGGCAGAUCCCUGCCUGGGCUCCCACAGGUCCGGGCCCCUUCCUUUCAAUUCGGUGCCCCUCUGAACAGAACUGUGUAGAGAUUUGCCUCCAGCGCCUAGAGACCCCCUGCUCUGUCGUCCUGCCGCAAGCCCGCUUCCCUGGCCGCCAGGCCUCGCAGGGCAGCGUGGGGGGCCCCGUGCUUCUCGCUGGGCGCCUCCCUUGCAAUCGCCCCGACUCCUCCCAACCAAAACCGAGGGCAAAACAAAACAAAGCAAAACGAAACUCUUUGCCUUCUAAAGGUUGUAUACCAAGUAUGCUUAGAUAAAUAAGCCACUUUUCUCUUAACUAAGAUGGCAAGUAGUAGCUGAUACUAUUUAUUGUUUGUGUGUGGUAGCUUGAAGCACGACACUGUCCAUUUAUUUGUAAGUGUAAAAUAUGUGUGUGUGUUUCAGCAGCACUUAAAAAAGCCAGUGUCUGGUUACACAUUUCAAUUUUAAUUAAUUGACCUAAAAAUGUUACCGCCGGUGCCAGCUGUACCCUAUUUAAUAAAAAAAAAAGGUACUAUAUUUGUACAUUAUUUUUUAAUGUUAAAAGGGCUUUUUUAAGUUUACAGUACACAUACUAAGUGACUUUAGGGAUGCUUUUGUGUUGAAAUGUUAUUAGAGUGGCUGCAGGCAGCAACCCAGAAACACUUUAAAAGUUUUUUUUUGUUUUUGUUUUUUUUUUUUUUUCCUUGGGAAAAAUUCAAGCACUUGUCCCCUCCCUCCAACCACUCCAAAGGGGUAAGUCACAUUUCUUAGAUCAAAUUCUGCCCUUUGUCAAAGCCUAGGGGUUAAAGUUUUCUUUUUUGUUUCCUUUUUUUUUUUUUUUAACUGAACCCUUAAUUUGCACUGGGUCAUGUGUAUGAUCUGUGAUUCGAAGACCAAAGCAAAGCCUUACUACUGCUCCUACCGUGAAGCCAUGUAGUAGCCAACGCUCUGUAUUUCCUUCAGGUUAAAGGAGCAUGGUUCUUGGUAGCGCCAACGUUGCUGGAGUUCACAGCGUGGCCCACACAGACACGCUGAUCUGUUUGAGUUGUCUCACAAAUUGUAACCUCUGCCAGGGCCCCCGAACAAGUACCACAGCGUUGGUUUUGGAUGAGGGAAGUGACCUCCAGCCUGGAACCGAGAGAGACGCAACAGAUGAGCUAUGGGUUACUCUGUAGACAGUCUCGCCCCACCGGGGCCUUUUCAAAGGAAGCUGAGAAAUCCACACCGUCAGGGACCAUCCGUUGCAAACUCAGAGGGGACGAGAUGUGUGUGCUGGCUUAGAGUUCCCUCCAUUCCCAGGAAAGGAACGGACUCAGAGUCUAGGUUAAUGCAUGGAAACACAGAGCAUGAGCGAGAACAGGAGUUAACUUCUAGGAUAUUCGAAAGAACAAUAACCAAUAAAAUAAAAGCGACUCUUCCAAACCUUGAAUUUGUUGUUCUUAAAAAAGGAAUGCAUUUAAAAAAUAUUUUCUGUGUGAGAAUUUUUUAGAUGUUUGUUUACUUCAUGUUUACAAAUAACUGUUUGCUUUUUAUGCAGUACUUUGAAAUAUAUCAGCCAAAACCAUAAGUUACAGUAAUUUCUUAGGUAUUCUGAAUAAAAUUCCAUUUUUUCUUUUUGGAUAUGCUUUACCAUUCUUAGAUUUCUGUGGAACAAAAAUGUUUGUAGCAUUUUGUGUAAAUACAAGCUUCUCAUUUUUAUUUUUUUCCAAUUGCUGUUGCCCAAGAUCUGCUUUCCCUGCACAUAUUGUACAAAUUCUGGUUUGUCCCACAGGCCAUGAUUGUGGAUGAGUUUACUUUCAACUUCAAAGGGACUAUUUGUAUUGUAUGUUGCAACUGUAAAUGGAAUUAUUUGGCAUUUUUUUUUCUCAUGAUUGUAAUAUUAAUUUGAAGUUUGAAUUUAAUUUUCAAUAAAAUGGCUUUUUUGGUUUU